UUAGUAAUGGAGUUAGUUGGCCCGCAGUACCGAGUAGCUGUCGGUGCAACCAUGAACACAUUCUUCUCCGUGGGUCAAAUAAUGUUGGGCUUGAUAGCAUGGGCCAUACCAAAUUGGCAGAUGCUCACCCUCACUCUUUACAUCCCGCAAUUCAUAACCAUAUCCUACUUCUGGUUAAUAUCAGAAUCGGUCCGAUGGUACAUGAGCAAGGGAAGAUUUGAGGAGGCAGAACAAGUUUUGAAAGAAGUAGCUCGCGUUAAUGGAAAACAAUUAUCUGAAAAAUCUUUAGUAGCUCUGAGAGAAUCGGACGAGGAAGAUAAGAAGCAGAGAGCGAUUGAUAAUGCUCAACAGAAAAAUGAACCAUGGCUCAUCGUUCUCGUGUUCAGGAAUAAGCAGAUUCUAAUAAGAGCUUUGAUUUCCCCGAUAUGGUGGAUCACCAACACUUUUAUCUACUACGGAAUGUCUAUAAACUCUGUCAAUUUGUCCGGAAAUCGCUAUGUUAACUAUAUCUCCGUCUCUGCGGUUGAAAUUCCUGGGUACUGGACAGCCGUUUUCCUUAUGGAUAGGAUUGGAAGAAAGCCUGUACUGAUUGCAGCCUUUUGGAUUUGUAGCGCUUGCCAAAUUGCGUAUUUGCUUAUACCAACAGAUCAGUAUGGAGCAAUUUUAACCGUGUACUUGAUUGGCAAGUACUCUAUAGCGAUGGUCAUGACUUCAGUUUAUGUGUAUACAGCAGAAUUAUACCCGACUAAAUAUCGACAUAGCCUGUUUGCUUUUUCAUCUAUGAUGGGAAGAAUUGGUGCCGGAGUUGCACCUCUUACGCCUGCAUUUGGUGAUAAACUGCCAUUUAUACUAUUCGCCUCGUUCGCUCUACUAUCAGGAAUCCUAGUCUUUAUCACACCAGAGACUCUUGGCACCAAACUCCCAGAUUCAAUGGAAGAUGCGUCGAAUAUAGGACAAAAGUUGGUCAAAACGUGAUAAAAGAACAUUAUUUUAAUUUAAAUAAUUUGAUAAUAGCAAUAGGUA